GUUGCAGGAGGUGGUCGCCUGUUAGACAGGCUUCGGAAGUGGUAUUACAAUGCAGCUGGAUUCAACAAACUGGGGUUAAUGCGUGAUGAUACGUUGUAUGAAGAUGAUGAUGUAAAAGAAGCACUGAAGAGACUUCCAGAACAUCUUUACAAUGAAAGAAUGUUUCGCAUAAAGCGAGCACUCGACUUAAGCUUGAAACAUCAGAUCCUUCCAAAAGACCAGUGGGUGAAGUAUGAGGAGGAUAAGCAUUAUCUUGAACCGUACCUAAAAGAAGUAAUCCGUGAAAGACAUGAAAGAGAAGCAUGGAACAAGAAAUAAUUAUUGAACUACUUCAUGCAAAUAUCCACAGAUUUCUGAUGUUUUCAAACAUUUGCUUAUAGGAAUCUACAGGGAGGCAAAUGUGAGGCUGAGUUUCACCUUGCUCAUUGAAUCUGUUCAUCCAACUAAAAUAAACAUGUCAAAGUAUAAAA